AUGUUGAGGUCUGUAGACUUUGAGGCGUCUAUACCAAGUGCGGACACUGUUUCGCGCCGGUUAAAUCUUCGGCUUGAUGCUCUUGACUGUAAACUUCGAAUCUUGAUGGCUUCGGCAUCCUCAAUCGCGCUAUCUCUUGAUAGCUGGACAAGCCAGAAUUCGUUACCAAUACUAGCAAUCAAUGCUCACUGGAUGUCAUCUGAUUUCCAGCAACAUCGAGGUUGUAUUGAGUUUGUUGAAAUCACAGGCAACCACUCUGGAGAGAAUCUUGCUAAUAUUGUUGCGACGGUUCUUGAGAGAUUUCAUAUAUCUGAUAAAGUUAUAACAAUUACAGCUGACAACGCAUCUAACAAUGAUACACUACACCGAUGUCUUUUCCAAAAGCUGUGUCAGCGGUACGAUGAGUACCUGGCCGAUACGGUUAUUCGAGAAGGGACGAUGAAAUUUACCCAGAACUCCCAAAUCCGCUGCUUUGCUCACAUCCUGAAUUUGGUUAUGAAAAGAAUAUUGAGGUCUUUACGCGCAAGUUCACAUAGGGAAGCUUGUGACUUCCUUGAUGAUGUUGCGAAGAGGAGCUGGAAGACAAUAAAAGUUCCUACUUCCCCGAUUGCAAAGCUUCGGCUACUUGUCCUUUGGAUUGCGCGAUCUCCCCAGCGAAUACAGCAGUGGAAUAAUCGACCUGGCUGUACAAAAGCCAUCCACUACGAUAUUGAUACUCGAUGGAACUCUACUUUUGUUAUGAUUGAGAGAGCCGAAGAGUGUCGCCGGCAGCUUGAAGAUACAGUCAACGAUGAGCCAGAUAUUGAAGCUUUACGUCUCACACCUAACGAUUGGAGACAGCUCUCGGAUAUCAAGAAAAUUUUGGCUCCUUUCAACGAAUAUACUGAGUACGUCUCUCGGGAUAGCCCCUCAAUUCAUAUGGCAGCGCGGAUGUUCGAAGAGCUUCGCUCUAUACUCUUGGCUAUUAAGGAACGGCGAGGUGAUUGGCAGAAUGUCUCGCCAGCUCUAACUGGUCCUAUAUCUGAUGGAAUCACACUUCUGGAGCACUACCGCGACUGCGUCAAAGACAACGACAUAUACUAUAUCUCAAGUGUUCUGGACCCUCGGAUCAAGACUAAGUGGCUCAAAACGCUGCAAGAUGGAGAGAGGAUCAUUGACCGAAUCAGAGUGUUCCUAAAAAAAGCAUAUCCCACCCCAAAACAGCCUAUAUCGAUUGCUCUAAACACAAGUUACAAGAGCUUCGAAUACCGAUUUCUGGAAGCCUUUCAGCCUACACAGUAUAACGUCGCUGAGUCUAACGUCGACCAGUACUUCGAUACGCCUACAAUCAGCACUGGUUUCGAUAUAAGCCAGAGCCAGACUGAAUUCAUACGAAACUGGUGGAAGAUCAACAGGCUUGAAUUUACCUGCAUGGCCCAGGUGGCACAAGAUCACCUUGCUAUACCAGCAGCAGAGGUGGAUAUCGAGAGACUAUUCAAUCAUAGGAGAGAUGUUCUUGGAAUUCGACGUUUCUCCAUGAAAGGAAGGAUGCUUGGGACCUUAUUAAGGCUAAAAGAUGCUGGACGUUGGAAGUCUGAAUAG